UAGGAGGAUGGCCAUAAACAGAACUGUCUUAUCUGGAAGAAAUACAGUUCAUUUCACCCCAAACUUUGCCUGUUGUGUCCUGAUUCAAGUCCAGGCAAGAGUUCCUGAGAACGUUCAUCGGAGGUUUAACCGCAGCGUUUAUCAGAUGGCACUAUCAGGAUGGAUCUGUGUGGUGACUGGUGCUUCCAGAGGAAUUGGAAGAGGUAUUGCCCUUCAGUUAACUGAGGCAGGCGCUACAGUGUACAUCACUGGUCGACAGGAGGAAGGGAAACCUCUGAAGCAGACAGCAGCUGAGGUGAUUGAGAGGGGUGGCCGGUGUCUUCCAGUGGUCUGUGACUCAUCUAAAGAGGAUGAAAUCAAGGAGCUGUUCGAACGUGUUCAACGUGAGCAAAAGGGCAGACUUGACUUAUUGGUCAAUAAUGCCUAUGCGGGUGUGCAGGCUAUCAUGAACAACUUGAACAAGAAGUUCUGGGAGGUGGACCCAGAUAUUUGGGACACAAUCAACAACACUGGACUCAGAGGUCACUAUUUCUGCUCAGUGUAUGCUGCACGGAUGAUGGUGGCGCAGGGCAAAGGCUUGAUUGUGUUCAUAUCAUCCAUGGGUGGUCUGCGCUAUCUCUUCAAUGUAUCCUAUGGGGUCGGCAAAGCUGCAUGUGACAGAAUGGCAGCAGACAUGGCAAUAGAGUUGAAGAAGAAAGGUGUGGUUUCUGUAAGCCUCUGGCCAGGGGCAGUUCAGACUGAGUUAAUUAAUCAGUAUAUAUCUGGUGAUGAUGCUGCUGCAAGAUUUGAUCCAAAAUUCAAGGAAAUGUUCAGGAAGGGUGAAACGACAGAGUUCAGUGGACGAUGCAUAGCUGAGCUGGCCAAAGACAAAAAUCUGAUGUCAAUGACCGGGCAAGUGUUGAUGACCUGCGACCUCGCUUACCGCUAUGGACUCAAGGAUGUUGAUGGUCGCAGUAUCGUGGACUACACCUCUCUGAAGUUCCUAAUUUCCCAGGUGCCCUAUGUGUCCUGGCUGUCUGUGUUCACUCCUUCAUUCAUAAGAGUGCCUCGUUCCAUGCUGAGCCUUGGCAAAUUCUAACACGUCUCGGUACAAAUGUAACAGAGGCCAGCGAGAAGCGAGUAGCAAAUAAAUAAAGUUGUUUGUAAGAUUAUUGUAAUGCCUUUGGAAGACACUAAUUACACAAUUCAUCAGAGGAUUAUUAUUGUCAGAACUGAUAGCAAUUUUCAUCAUACAAUUUUUAAUUGUAAUAUUUUACAGUAAUUGCAUUUUACAGUAUUUUUGAUCAAAUUGUUUCAUACGAGACUUCUUUAAAAAACAAGUUAAUAUCUUAUCAUUCCCAAAUGUUUGAACAAUAGUGUAACUGUAUAUUAAUUCAAGUAUAUACUAAAAUAAUAUCUAAAAUUAAUAAUGAAUAGCACACCAAUCCAUUAUUGCCCAGCUCUCACUUUUACAUGGUUAUUUUACACUGCAUUCCAAAUUAUAAUGCAAAUGAUAUAUCAAUAGGAUUCCGGUACAAUAAAGAGUCAGAUUUU